CCAUGAUUCCUCAGCAAUCCAAGCAUGCGCAACAAAACCGGAAGUCAGUCUGUCAGGCGGGAAGUUCGGAAACGAUAACUUCGUGCAGCUUCUGACUUGACCGACAACACAGGACACCACCAUGCCGUGGGACGACAUAGAAGUUGGUAUUGGUGGAGACGAAACGGCAAACUUUGGUCAGCGCAAUGAGAGCGGCCCUGGACUAUACCAGGUGGACACACUCGCCACUGUGUCAAACAGUGGGAAGGUGACCCAGAACCCCCGACUGUAUGCAGCCAGCUCCCAGCUGGGACUGUGCCUGGUGGCAGACUGUCAGGUCUCCCUGUUCACUGAGACUUGUGAUGACCACUUGAUCACCCUCACCUAUGGCUCCCCUGUGGAUGCAGUGGUUUGCAGCCAGGACUCCCUGUUCCUGCUGAUAGGAGAGAGCUCAGGCACUCUGCACAUGAUGGAGACAAGCACACAGACCAUGCUGUUUUCGGAGAGUCUGGUGCCAGAUCUGCAACCCGUCAAUGGCAAGGCUUUCUGUGGAAUAGAUAUCACCUUAUCUGUAGAAGAUGAUUCAUAUGACUUGACCAUUCUAACCAGUGAUGGCCGACUUGUCAGGUUCUCCAACAUUGACCUGAAAGGCAUUGCUAAAGCUCUGGAGACCAAAGACUUCCCUACUGCUAAGAAGUUGAAGGACAGCAUCCAAAUGGAGAUUGUUGAUGCCAGCAGUGAACACACAGAGGAAGCAAUAUGUCUGAAGUGUCACAGCUGGGGGGCUGACACAGUCAUCAUUACUGGGGGAGCAGGUGAUUCCACCAUCUGUGUGUGGAGUAAGGAGGAAGACUCCACAGAACUUUUGACUAGCAUUGACUCAACCCUUCUAGCAGGCUCUGCUGUCGUGAAGUGUGACUUCAAGGAUAAUUUCCUGUUCAUGCUAACAAAGAAGGGCAUGCUGAGCCAGUGGGAUGCACAGUCCCUCAUCAUGUUGAACAGGUGGCGUGGCAUAGCUGUACAAGACUUCCUGCUGGUGGAUGCCAGCAGUGUCCAUUCACCAACCAAAAAUGCGUGCCACCUGCAGGUGCACUCCCUCCCUGGCAUGCAGCUGGUCUACAGUCUGGAGCUGAACCAGGUGGCAGCUCUGGUGUGUGCACCUGCCAGCCAGGAGACAAUAUUUGUCAUUGAAGGUGCACACAGGGAUGAUGCUGAAGACACCAGCUCGUCCGAUGCUCUAGUUUCCACCCUGAGACUGCGCUGUCUCACGGAGGCCCUGCCUGACACCCGUUUCCACCGCCUGCUGCACAAGAAGCAGUAUGAGGAGGCUCUGAAGUUUGCCCAGAGUUAUGAACUUGAUGUGGAGCUUGUGUAUAAAGUCAAGGCUCAGGAUAUCCUGACACAGACAGACCCCUGGACACAACCACAGGAGGAUGGACAGACUACAGACCAGAUCUUUGCUGACCUCAAGGACUGUCUCAGUCACAUCAGUGACAAUGGUUGUGUCGCAGACAUCUGUGUACAGGCAACCCUGCCGACCAUGCAGGCCACCUACGAGCUGCUUACAUAUGCAGAAGGAAGAGUCAACAAGAAGGGUGGUGACUCAGGGUUGUCAGAGGAGGAACUGAUCUCCCGUGCAGCCUGGCAGACAAAGGUCCUUGAAGCUCUCCAUAGACUUGGCACAUUCCAGGUGGUGUUUGGGCCACAGCUAUUCAGGUAUGACAUCAUGAUCUUUAGUGUUUGUUUGGGCAAAUAAUAGUGUUUGUAUGGGCAACAAAUACAUAUUGCU